AUGGUUCACAGUAAGAAGGAUAAAUCUGUGAUGAAACACAGUGAUAUCAAGAAACGGGGGGCAGCCGUGCUUGAGGAGGAAGAUGUUCUGCAACAAGACGAACAACUGCUCGUCGAUGGCGCUACGAUUGACUGUGACAGUGAUGACGAUGAGGAAUUCCAGUCUGCAGAAGAAGAGGUUCUGAGCUCUGGCUCUGAAUCCAGCAGCAAAGAAGGGAGCACACCAGGAAGUCCUGUGGAGGGGUCUGACGAGGAGGCGGAGGACGAGGAUGCAGAUGAGGAAGAGGACGAGGAUGCGGAAUUUAACCGUUUGUUGGCCGCUGAGGAAGGAGAUUCUGAGGGCGAAUAUGGAUCCGAGGAUUUCUCGGACGAUAAUGACACGCGCCCGCUCAGAGAAAAGCUAUCCAGCAUGCAGCUGAAAAUGAUACCGGACGGCGAGAGUGCCUCCGUGAAGACUCGGUACUCUGACGGUACGCCCCGCAUAAUAAAACCAGAAAUUACUCCUGUGUACGACAGCGAUGACACCGAUGUUGAGACGGCCAAUACCAUUGGUAACAUUCCAUUGUCGGCAUAUGAUGAAAUGCCCCACAUCGGCUACGACAUCAACGGUAAGAGGAUCAUGAGACCAGCGAAGGGAUCUGCACUGGAUGCGUUGCUGGACACUAUCGAGCUUCCAGAAGGGUGGACUGGUUUGCUAGACCAAAAUACCGGCUCUUCGUUGAACCUAACGCCAGAAGAGCUAGAUCUGAUCUCCAAGAUACAGAAAAACGAGCAGGUAGACGAUUCGGUGGACCCAUACGAGCCAUAUGUCGACUGGUUUACUAGACAUGAAGAAAUCAUGCCUGUCACGGCUAUCCCAGAGCCAAAACGGAGAUUUGUGCCAUCCAAGCACGAGGCCAAACGGAUCAUGAAGAUUGUAAAGGCCAUCAGAGAGGGCCGCAUCAUUCCACCUAACAAGCUACGUGAGUUGCGCGAGCAGGAACAAGCCAACAAUUUCUCCUAUGACCUAUGGGGUGACUCGGAGGAAACGAAUGAGCAUAUCAUGAACUUGAGAGCGCCAAAGCUUCCUCCUCCAACCAACGAGGAGUCCUACAAUCCUCCAGAGGAGUAUCUGCUAACCCCAGAGGAACGCGCUGAGUGGGAGAAGAUGGAUCCAAGUGACAGAAAGCGCAACUUCCUUCCACAAAAGUAUGGUUCGUUACGUAAGGUGCCCGGGUAUGGCGAAUCUGUAAGAGAGCGCUUCGAGAGAUCCUUGGAUCUAUACCUGGCGCCUCGUGUUCGCAAAAACAAAUUGAAUAUCGACCCAGAGUCGCUAAUUCCAGAGCUACCGUCGCCAAAGGACCUAAGACCAUUCCCUAUUCGCUGCUCGACUGUAUAUGCCGGCCACAAAGGCAAGAUAAGAACUCUAUCGAUAGAUCCAAGUGGGUUAUGGCUUGCUACAGGCUCCGAUGACGGCACUGUCAGAGUUUGGGAGAUUUUGACGGGCAGGGAGGUCUACAAGGCAACUAUUGUCGACAUAAAAAACAACCAGGAUGACCAUAUUGAGACUGUUGAGUGGAAUCCAGACAAGACAGUUGGUCUACUAGCAGUAGCGGCUGGUGAGAAUAUAUACUUGCUGGUUCCACCAAUCUUCGGGUUCGAGGUAGAAAACAACAGCAGAUUAAAGAUCGAAAAUGGUUAUGGUUUCGACACUUUCGGUAACGUCAAAAAAUCAGCUCUAAAUGUGAACAGUGACGAUGAGCAGGCGGAGACAGAGGCCACUGUCAAGAAACAGGUGGCUCAGUGGAACAAGCCAACUCAGAAACAGGCUGAGAAUGAUGUAGCGAUUGUCAUUACCUGUCGGAAGACUGUAAAGAAGAUCUCCUGGCACCGCAAGGGAGACUACUUUGUUAGUGUUCAGCCUGAGUCCGGCCACACCUCUGUUCUGAUUCACCAGCUCUCCAAGCAUCUAACACAAUCGCCUUUCAACAAGUCAAAGGGUAUUAUCAUGGAUGCCAAGUUCCACCCCUUCAAGCCGCAGCUCUUUGUGUGCUCCCAGAGAUACAUCAGAAUAUAUGACCUCUCACAGCAGGUUUUGGUUAAAAAGCUUCUACCAGGUGCACGCUGGUUAUCCACGAUCGAUAUACAUCCUAGGGGAGACAAUCUGAUUGCAUCCUCUUUUGACAAGAGAGUCUUGUGGCAUGACCUAGACUUGGCGGCUACACCGUAUAAGACACUAAGAUACCAUGAGAAGGCUGUCAGAAGUGUUGGUUUCCAUAAAAAACUCCCACUGUUCUGCUCUGCCGCAGACGACGGGACCAUCCAUGUCUUCCAUGGCACUGUAUAUGACGAUAUGAUGAAGAACCCACUUCUGGUCCCUCUGAAAAAGCUAACUGGUCAUAAACUGGUGAACAGUCUGGGCGUCCUAGACACUGUUUGGCAUCCUAGGGAGGCCUGGUUGUUCUCCGCCGGUGCUGAUAACACUGCACGCUUGUGGACAACCUGA